AUUUUAUGAUACUGUUGCCUUGCAGUAGUGCCUAUACACGUAGUUUCACAACGAAGCGUUCAUCUGCACAAUAAUCGACAGCCCGCGCCAGAGCCCUGUCCUUGCUCUUAUCGCUGUUCUUAUAACCAUGAAUCAUGCAUAACAUAGUAGGCUUCUGCUCUUAAGAGCAAAGCAACGUUGCGGCCACUGUAGGAGCGCCGAAAUGGACGGGGAGGCCCAGGUCAUACAUAGCUGGGAUGCGACGUCGACGCUGUGGAAUCCGCUGACGCUGGACUCGCAGGCGGUGGGCGCAGGUUCCGCCCCCAAUUCUCGAGGGCGCCGUGGAAGCGGGGCCCGAUGUCAGGUCGCUGGAUGCGCUGAGUCGCUCCUGGAUUGCAAGCCCUACUUCAAGCGGCACCUGGUGUGCCAGACGCACGCCAUACUACCGGUAGUGGUGUUGGAUGGUGUGGAGAUGCGCUUCUGCCAACAGUGCGCCAAGUUUGAGCGCCUUACGGCCUUCGACUCUGGCAACAGGAGCUGCCGCUUCCGCCUUACCCGGCGCAACCUGGCGAAGCAGAAGUCCCUGCAGGCCAAGGCGGCCGCGGCGCAGGCGGGAGGCGGCGGCGCCGGUGCGGCGGGACAGAGCCCUGACGUAGCUUGUGGCAAGGCCCGGGGCGGCAGCAGCAGCGAGCUGCAGGGAUCUGGGUCAUCGGAGGGGCGAGACACCAGGUCCAACGACGCGGACCCGGAGCCAAGUUCGCAGCGGCGCAACACACACGGCACGUCCGCGCCCUCGCCAUCCAGCAAGCGCACGCGCCUGUCCUCGGAGCCCAAGUCAUGCAUGGCGGCGCACGCCUCCGGAAGCGCGUUGCAGGAUGAGAGCCAUGCAGACAGCCGCACGCCGGUGCCCAGCCACAACACCCACUCCGUGGGGGACGUCACGGAUUUCGCCGCGGAUGCACUUGCGCCCUUCGCCAGUGCCCUGCGACUGGAUGGCGCCCCGCGCGCGCCCACCAGCUUAACUGCCGCCGCCGCCGCCGGCGCUGCCGCUGCCGGCGUGGCUGCUGCUCCGGCCGGCAUGGAAGUGGCUGCAGCCGGCAUCGCUGCGCCGCAGUGGGCAGCUGCAAUGCAGACGCAGCAGCACCUGCUGCAGCCGCAACAGCUACCGCAGCAGCAGCAGCAGCUGACACAGCCUCAGCGGCCGCAGGCGCAACAGCUACUGCAGGUGCCGCCGCAACAGCUAGUGCCGGGGCUGCUGGGGCUUCGACCGAACCGGGAGGAGCCCUAUGUGACUUUGGCGCAGGCGCCGCCCGUUUCCGAGGAGGCAGCCGCGGCCGCGGAUGCGGCCGCAGGUGCGACCGGCAUGGGCUCGGGUGGCCGUGGGUUCGGAGGCCGGAGCUCGGGUAACCGCGGUUUCGGUGGCACUGGCGCGGCGGCGGCGCAGCAGCAUGUGCUCAAUGAUUACGAUGCGCCCGGCGUCGGCGCCUGCAGGUCGCCGUUUGGUGACACGGAUCUGUCGGCUCUGAUGCAACAGCAGCACCAGCGGCACCAGCAGCAGCACCAGCAGCACCAGCAGCAGUCCCGCGCCCGUACCGGGCUGGGCCCGCGGGCGGCGGCGCUGGCGCUGGCAGGCUGCAGCGGCACCCUGAAGGCGGCGCGCGCGGCGUCCAUGGAUGCCAGCAUCGCGACCGCGCUCAAGUCGCUGUGCCAGCGGCCGGGCCUGAGCCACUCGGAGCGCGUGGCUCUCGAGUCGCUGCUUGGCCUAAUGCAGGGCUGCGGCGGCGGCGGCCGCGGCGGCUCCUCCGGCGGCCUAACACUGCCCCCCAUGGCUGACGGCGUGGCUCUAGACAGCCAGCUGGAAGACAUCAUGACAGACGUGCUUCAUGAUGACUCGGGCUGGUGUCAGGAGCUGCUCGCCAGCCCUGUGACCGCUCCCACGCACGCCGCGUCGGCGCCAGCGACCUGGGCUACCGCCUACCUAGGCCUAGACGGCGCCAACGGGAUGCCCGGGUACCCGACCCUGCCUGGAGGCCAGGGCAACUACCCGCCCGGCGGCCUGGCCAGCACGCGCGACUCCACGACUGGCGUGCUGCAGCCGGGCGGCGCGGUCCGGGACGCCGCCGGCAUGCGGCCGCACGCGCAGCCGCAGUGGCUGGCCCAACAGCAACAGCAGCAACUGCAGCAACAGCAGCAACAGCAGCAACAGCAGCAGGCGAUCACCAUGACAGACGGCAGCUGGGGCAGCGCCGACCCGGCCGGCUCCAGCGGAGCCCAUGGCCGGCUGCACGUGAGCAGCGUGCAUUGCGCUGUGGGGCCCAUGGUUCCCAUCAUGCACGGGUCCUUUGGCGGCGCCGCUGCCAUCCCCGCCGCCACCAACCUGGCCGCGGCGGCCGCGGUGGUCGACAACGCCAACCUGCCCAUGGUGCCGGUCGCGUAUGGCGACGCCAACCACAGCCGAACCGACAUGCUGCCCCGCCCCUCCCUCGCCAGUUCGGCGGCGCAACUCCAGACCCACGGCUGGCCGGCCAACGGCCAGCAGCAGGCGCAGCACCCGCAGGGCAGCAACGCCUCACAACAGCAGCAGCAACAGCAGCAGCAGCAGCAGCAGCAGCAACUUCUCCUCUCCGCCAGCCCGCACGCCAGCACGCUGACCGACGCGCCCACGCCCAACGGCGGCGUGGGCGGCGCCAGCAGCGGCGUCUGCUACGCCAUGCCUGUCUCCGCGGCCGCCGCAGCCGGCGCCAGCGGUGCCGCCAGCGCCUGUGGCUCCGGCCCUGCCAUGCUGGUCGACGGCCCGGGUACAGGCGGCACGGUCCCGGCCACCGGCGGCACGGGAGCUGGCACGGCCAACACUGGGCUCAGCAGCGGCGACGGCGCCUGGGGCCGCGCGCUGGAGGAGCUGAAUGCGAUGUACGGCAUGGAUCCUGGUGGCGGCGCCGCGGCCUUGGCGGGCGUCGGCCAGGGCGGCACCAUCUUUGACACCGAUUACGAGAGCGACUAUGACAUGGUGCGGCUGUCGUACAAGCUGGCGGACUGCGACCCGUACAGCCUGGACCCCUCCACGCCUUUGCUGCUGCACCAGGUGGCGGCGCAGGGCUGCGGCAGCCUGGCCGGACCCAUGCCGACCUCCGUGCGCCCUGGCUGCGUGCGUGUCGUCGCCCACGCCAGCGUACGGCGCAGCAUCGCCGCUGACGCCGACAGCCAGCCAGCCCGGGACACCGGCCGUGGCGAUGGGCUCAACGGCGGCGGCGGCGGCGGAUUCAAUGCGCGCGCCCCGGGUGUGCUAGCGGCGGUGCAGCAACUGGCGACGCUCAACGAAACCGGCGUGGUGCUGCAGGCGGGGAGCCAGACCAUCUGCGUCAACAAGGAGGGUGUGGAGGUGGCGGCGCCGGCCGCCUCGGUGCCGGCCGCACAGCUUGGGUCGCUGGUCCGCGCCUCAGUUGCAGCCGUGCAAAUGGGCGCGCGCGGCAGCAUCCAGCUGUUUGGCUCGGGCCUGGCGGCGCCCAACGUGGAGCUGUGGGGCCGCAUGCACGGCGUGCACUACCAGCUGCAGGUCCAGCACGCCUCCGACACGUAUGCGCUGGUGGCGCUGCCGCUGCUGCCCGCCUGCGGCCUCCUCACCAUCGAGGCGGAGUGGGCCGCCGCCGCCGAGCCCGCCAGCCCCGCCGGCGCCGCGGCCUGGGCGGCCCCCGCCGCUGGCGCCCCGGCGGCGUUGGGCGCCGCUGCUGCCGGUGUCGGCGGCGCGGCGGCGGCGGUUCUGAGCGACUGGCUGGCGGUGGCGGUGGUGCCGUCGGAGCGCGUGGCUGCGGAGCUGAACGCGCUGCAGGGCCGCCUGCCGCCCGCCAGCCUGCGGCGGCUGCUGUGCGAUGUGGGCAGCCUGCUGGAUGUGCGGCCGCUGCUGGCGCAGCCCGUCAACGGCCUGUGCCCGGUGGUGGGCGCGGCGGUCGUGCCGCCCAGCAGCGGCUGCUCAAAAAACACCUGGCGGAGCUCCUCCUUGGACCAGGACGCAGUCUGCGGCGGCGGCGGCGGCAACCCGGACGGCCCUGGCGGCGGCGGCGACGGCCCCGGCGCAAAUGACGACGCGGCAACCGUGGCGAGCGUGUUGGAGGGCUUCACCAGCACCUACAGCUACACCGCCUCCACGCUCGCCUCAAACGAUGGCCCCUCCAGCAAAACCACGCUGGGCGGUGCCACCAUCGCAACCACCGGCCCCGGCACACACACCCGCGGGUCCAGCACUCUCGGAGCCAGCGGGCUGGGCACCAGCGCCAGCGUCACACAUGCCAGCAGCGUCAACGCCAGCGUCAGCGCCAGCACGGCGGCGGGGCGCGCCUCUGCCGCGGUGGACCUGUCGGUCUUCAUGGGCGCCGGCACCGCGCGCGGCCGCUCGACCAUGGCCCUGCAGAACGUGCACCGCCUGUUGGGCUGCUUUGACACGUCCGAGCUGCUCACGAACGCCGACGACGAGACGGUGGUGGAGCGGCUGCUGGGCCCCGGCCCCGCCACAGCGCUGCUGAGCCGAGCCGUCAGCACCCUCACCUUCUUCGCAAACAGGUGCAUGGUGGACUCGGCUCUGUGUGUCGUGGCGGCGCUGUCGGAGCUUCACCGCGCCUUCCCCGACCUGCUGCGCGCCGACCUGGCGCCGCCGCCGCCGCCGCCGCCGCCGGCCGGCGGCCCGCAGCAGCGGCAGGCGCCGGGCCUGAUGCACGCGGCGGUGCGGUGCCGCAGCCUGGCGCUGCUGCUGGCGCUGGCGCGAUGCGGCGACGUGCUGGGCGAGCACGUCAGCAUGGGCCGGCCGGGCCCCGGCGGCGUGACGCCCCUGCACCUGGCGGCGCUGCUGGGCCGCCCGCACGCCAUCGCCGGCCUCCACCUGGCGGUGCCGGGCGUGCGGGAGCUGUGGCACACCGCGGCUGACGACACCGGCGCAACCCCCGCAGACCUGUUGGCGCGGUCGGCAGCCGCCGCCGCGGCCGUCGCUGGCGCGACGGCGGGCGGGGCCGCGGCGGCGGCGGGCGGGGUUGUGGGCGCGGUUGCGGGCGCACACGUGCAGGGCUCCGCGCAGCAGCUGCUGCCUCUGCGGCCGGCCGGCGGCCGCGUGUCUGCGGCCGGCGGCCAAAGUGGCGGCCGCGCUCUGGCCGGCUUUUCCGCCGCUGGCGCGCCGCCCGGCGCCGCCGCGCCGCCGCCCAUCCGCGUGCUUAAUGCUGCACACGUGGGAGCCGGUGCCGUCACUGGCACUGUGGUCCUGUCGCCCGAUCAGCUGUUGGGGGAGGAGCUCCCGUCGGACUUAUCGCCGGUGUCGACGCCGACACGUGAUGGAUCCCCGCCGACACGUGAUGGCAGCUUCCUACGGGGUCCGGCAGGGAGCAGCCACCCGGCCACGGCCUUGUUUGCGCCCUUGCCGGCGCCAGCGCCGCUGAUCCAGACCGCGACGUCGUCGCAGGUGCAGUCGGCAGUGGCAGAGGCGCUGGUGCACCUCCCGGCGCCCUGGGUCAGCGGUGGCGACGGGGUUGCCUGCGACGGCUGCGCCGGAGGGGACGCGGGCGGCGGCGUGCCUGCGGCGGUGGUCGAGCGUGAGGGGGCAGCGCCGGUGGAGCCCGAGACGCCGGUACAGGUCCAGGAGGCAGCAGGGCAGGAGCAGGAACGGAAGCUGGGAGAGCUGGAGGUGCUGGAUGUGGCGGCGGGUGUGCCGAUCGGCGCUGUUAACAUCGGCGCCGAGCAGCAGCGCUUGUCGGAGACUGAAUCGCAUUCGGCAGCUGCAGCAGGGGGGCUAAGCAAGGCGGAGCCGGAGGAGGACGAGGAGGCGGUUGCCUCUGAGGCGCGGGCUGGGCCGCUGCCGACCAAGGCAGCGCCUGCGGCUGAGGCCGCCGCUGCCGCCGCUUCCAGCGGCACCACAGGCGCCGCCAGCGAGCGCCCCGCGAUUGAACCGGCGGUGGCGCUGGCGGUGUUUGCGCUGCUGGUGGCGCUGUUGCUGAGGCAACUGGCAUCGGCAUGGAGCUGGUUCAGGGUGGGGGCUUGAGCAAGGGAGAGGCGGGGCGGGGGGCGGAGAGCGCGCCGUCCGCGCAAGACGGGAGAGGGAUAGCCACAUAUACGUGUGUAUGAGAGCAGUGCGAACAGCGGGGGCUGGGUGGGUGUUUCCACCGCUUUUAACAAGCACAAAGCGACAGCGGACGGGGGUCGCGGGUAGCCCCGUCCAUGCAAGCCGGAUGGAGCGCUUGGAUCAUGACGUGUGUGUGUGCUGUGCAUUGUGGACGUCCAGUGGGGACAGGCAUUAGCAUGACCAUGGGGAUGGAGGUUGGGAUGUGGAUGGGGAUGGGGAUGGGGGCACAGAGGCAUAUUUGUGGCAUGGGGCUAGGUGGCAUCAUUGCUGCACCCCUUGUGUGCGUUAGUGUUUUGCGGAGCCAAUCCGCUGUUCAUGGCUUAGCGCAUUUCAUUCUGCAACACAUUCAGGCGAGUAAAUUGCAACAAGGCGUGUCGUUUCCCGCGGCUACUCUUGUUAUUGUGGAGGCAUGUCAAGCAGGGUGUUGAGCGUGAUGUUUAGCACGGCACUUGCUGAAUUUGGUCGGGGUGUUUCGGCCACUGUGAAGCACAACAAGGCAGUCGCCGCGUCCAAACGGGGCUGUCCUUGGUAGACGUAUUUGUGCAUGUCAGCCAAAGGCGCUGCGUUAUGGUAGGCGGGGAUGAGGUCUCGGACGAGCGCAUGGCAGCCCAGAUGCUCAUCUUCGAACUGUGGGGAUAUUUCCCUUCUUUCCUGCGGCACCCUUGCAUGGACUGGGCCUGAUGACUACUACGGUAUUAAUGUGUAGCGCUGUAGUUUGCUUGGGCUUGGAGAGCACUCGGCACACUCUGCAUGGUUGCGAUGCUGCGCACGCGAGCAUGUAUGUGGAGCAAGCUGUGGAGGACCAUGCAAGAUGGAAGCAUUGCCGCGCGCACGUCUUCUGAAAGUGGCGAAAGGGAUGAGUCAUAGCACCACAUAGCUGGCGGCGAUGGCAACCAUUAGACGACAGGCAGAUUAUGCCGGAAGCGCACUGCUUGCAUCACGUUUCCUGAUCGCAGCUGGCGCAAAUCACGAGUGUCAGACAUCUAGUAAGCAUUUCGAAACCUUCGGCCUUUGCACCAACGUAACGUGGCGGCACGGCCCACUUUUACGCUUGAGAGGGAGAGGCAUUGUGCUGUCUGGUCGCAGCAUAAUAAGUUGUUGUUGAUGCUGGUGCUAUAUGUCUCGCACGAUUAAGGCAUGAGUGAUGCAGUCAACCUUUCAUGGCAAGGUGACGUUAACGAUUAUGGCGAGGGGCAGCGGCAGCAUCGAAGCAGAGCGGGUGAGCUGCCUCCGCUUAGGUGAGGGCGCCCGCUCGAUCGAUCUGUCGCUUCACUUUCAUACGGCUUUAGCCGCUUUACACGAUUAAUUGCGGUGCAAGCACACUUGUGGUGCUUGCUGGCCCAACAGGUGGGUGCGAUGGGACAAGACAAGGGGCAGGUUGGCGUAGUCCCGUAGUGUGCAGCGUGUUGUGGGGAAUUCUGUUGCACUGCGGUAUUCUGGCCCAACUGGCUGUAGCUGGGUAGCGCACAAACGGCGAUACCGUCAUGCUAAGCCAGGUAAAGACAAUAAUUCCC